CGGAAUACGGGUGGGGGAAAGUAACGUCUGAUACGUGUGUCAAUGCUGAACUUCGAGGAAGUGUUGGAUAAUUUCAACUAAGCACUAUUUCACCUGACGAGCAACGAUGGACAAGUUGCGUCGUGUAUUAAGUGGUCGAGAGGAGAAUGAAGAAGUGGGACUUACAUCACAGAUCCUGGACAGCUCAACACUCAGUUUCGGCACACGGGUGAAGUGGUUUAUCAUUUGUUUCGCGGGAGGGGUCCUGUGCUCAAUACUUGGAACUGCACUCCUCUUCUUGCCAAAAGCUGGUAUUAAAUUGUUUGCUGUAUUCUACACCCUUGGAAAUAUUGCAGCACUGUUAAGCACCUGUUUCCUGAUGGGCCCAUUUAAACAGCUGAAGCGAAUGUUUGAGCCCACCAGGCUUAUAGCCACCAUUAUGAUGCUGCUAUUCCUUGUGUUGACAUUAUGUGCAGUGUUUUGGUGGGGCAAAAAGGGUCUGGCGAUCAUCUUCUGCAUUUUGCAAUUUUUGGCCAUGACAUGGUACAGCAUCUCCUACAUUCCAUUUGCACGGGAUGCUGUUAUUAAGUGUUUCACCUCCUGUUUGAGCUAAAGUAUCCUGUGUUUCAUCUGAUGACCUGUCCUGCAUAGUAAAUGUUAAAAAAGGAUUGUUUUUCUCUUUCAUCUCCAAACCACACUGUCCUCCAUGACCUUAAAACGUUUCCUCUUCUGUCUUAAUGUAAAAAUUUUAAAUGAAUAUUGUAUAAUAUAAAGACUGGAUAUGUAAUAUUUUCAUUUAUUGCAAGCCUUACCUUUUUUUUAAAAAAAACUUUCUAAGGCUUUUUUUGAUUUUUUUGAUUUUGUGUGUGGCGGAUAAAUGCUUAAUAGAUGAUACACUGCCAGUUAAAACUGAGUGAAAAACAGGUGCCUUGCUAUAUGUGGUGUUUAUGAAUGAACUUAAUUGCUACUGUUCACUUUUGUACAGAAAAAAAAAAUGUAUUUCUACCAAAUAUAUUAACAAAAAUGAGAGAAAAGCCUUUUCAUAUGAUCUCACACACCAAAUAAACGCAGUACUCAAGAUUA